CACAUGCAAAUAGUUGGUUGUCAUAGACUACGUGCAACCUACGGCGGGAAGGCUCCCCCAGGGCGAAUCCCAGAGUGUUUACAUGCAGCUGGAUCCUGGAGGCAGAUUUUGGCUGAGAAGAGAGACAGAGGAUCUAGGGAGGCUGAUCUAGUCCAUGGCUAGGAGGCUGUUGGAGAUUUCGAAUCCGAGAACUGCUGUAGAAAGAGACUCUGGCAGGCCCUUUGCACAGAAACCACAGGAUUAAUCUUCGUGCAACUUCCCCUUGUGUCAAGGGGGUCAGGAAGGGACAGAGAGGGAAUCGGGCUGCAGAGGCUAAAAUCCCAGUCUCUCAGGCAUUGACCUAAAGAAAGACCUGACCAGGAGGAUGUCAUGACAGCCAGCAGCGCCGAAGCCAGCAGAGCCAUGAGAAAUCAGGAUCUUCUGGAGAAGAAGCCCCUGGGACCCGCCCCUCCUCCCCGGAGGCACAGACGCAGGCUCAGGCGCAAGCCACCGACCGAGGUGGCCGUGAAGGGGCAGCUCCGGAUGCGCUCGCCAUCAGGGGCCUUCGUGAUGGUGGGCGUCUCCGUCGUCUUGGUUGGCAUGACGAUCGCCGUUGUGGGCUACUGGCCUCACCGGGGCCCACACGCAGCCGGGCCUGGGGCCAGGCUGGGUAACUCCAGCGGCACGGGGGACAUGAAGAAGGAAGUGAAGGUCUCUGCCCAAGCCCGCUACCUCCCUCACAGCGAGAAGCUGAAGCUGAUUGGCCCUGUCAUCAUGGGCGUCGGCCUCUUCAUUGUCAUCUGCGCCAACACCAUGCUGUACGAGAACAGGGACAUGGAGACCCGCCUGUUGAUGCAGAAAGGCCUCUACUCCAUGACUCCGGGCCUUGCCCAGGACUUCAGCCAGGAGGACAAGUACUGCCAGAGGAGGACUAGCUUGCCCCUCCUCAAGGCCAAUGCCGAGUGUGUCGAGGGCUGUUAUGAGGUGGAUCUCUCCUCCAGCGGCUUCCAAUCCUGUUCCAGUCCCGGGAACAAAUGGGCCGACUGCUACGGGCAUAACAGGCUCCAGACGACGGCCCAGCUGCUCCAUCACAAGGGGAUUUCCCACUCCAUGUCCCUCCUCAGUGUCCGUUCAGACUCUGGCAACUCCAUGGAGGGGAACCUCAAUCUGUCCUUCACCCGCGGGGCUGAGUCGGUAAUUUCUUUGGCUGCCACUGCCCGGUCACUUCCCGUCAUCAAGGUGAACAACUGCCUCAUUGAGAAGCCGUCUGCAACUCGGGGGGCAGGCGAUGAGGGGGAGAUCAGCCUGGCUGGGGGGCCAGAUGAUGCACCGCGGCUCUCAUGGACUCUCCCACCCAGGGGCGGCAGCGUCUCUCCCAGAGGAGAUGACCUCCAGGGUGGCCAUGUCGUUAUUAACAUAGACAGCGAGCCUCCAUCUGUCACUGUGGGCGAGACAUACCUGAACCCAGAUGGCACCAAGAACGAAUUCAGCUCAGACGUGCAGCUCCAUAACCCGGGUCACUCCAAGUCGCUGGACCUUGGAAGGCCGGGCGUGCUGCUGGUGGCACCCAUCAAAGACCGGAAGAACAGGAGCUGGCCUAGACUUGACCAAAUCAGUCUGGUAGGCUAUGCCAAACUGGAAAGCACGGGUGAGUCCUCUGACAGACUAUUGGAACAGACAGAUCAGCAGGGCCCGGAUGAGCCCAGCUCCAGCACCCAGGAGGUGUGAACAGAGAUGGGUUCAAGGGUCUGACUUGGCAGGGGAUGGGUGACAUGGCCAGGACACCCUCCUCUCUUUUCAUUGCCUCACCUGGGGGACUGCUGAGCAUGUUCUUCUUUUAAGCAGACAUUCCAAUGACGUGGGGAGGUCAGUGCUGCUGACUGAGCCCAGGACAGGCCUGCUACUCCUUAGGGGAAACUCUUCAAGGGAUAGAUGUCUCCUCCCUAGAGGCACCUGGUGCUGAGGAGGUGUCACUCUUUCUCAGUGGGCAGCCUCAGCCUUGCCUUACGCCCCCCUCUCCCCGAGCUACAUGAGGAACCCGGGCUUAGACAAGCACUCCCCGAAAGGGGAGGCGGGGUGGGGAUCCCUGCUACUAAGCCGUAGGGGCCCCUUUCCACAUCAUUAGCAAGAAGGGCUGCGGCAGCGGGUGAGUGAGGGGCCCCCGCACCGCCCCACACCGCUAGGCAAUUCACUGGCCAAUGGAACGUUAAGGCUGCCAGGGUUAUUAAAUGUUCUCUCGCCACCACCACUGAGAUGCUAAGUCAAUCAUUUUGCCUGCACAAUGUUUCAUCGUCUGUCUUUACAAAGCUCGCUGUCACGGGUUGCCCCCCUUCAAGAUGCUACUUGAUGGGCUGGGAUACCGCUGAGCCUGCCUGUUCUGCCAACAUGGGCUCCCUUUAACCUGUCUUGCUGAGCCAGGGUCUUAAGCCUCCUCCAGCACACACACAGGCAGGGCCACACCCAGCUGCAGAAAGACACAGACACUGAGAUCAGCUCUGGGAAGACUCAGUUUAAGGGACUUGCCCUAGCACUCAGAUGCCCACCUCCCUUGGAGUGCAGACCUAAAGUUAUAUUGUCUUGCUCUGUAUAGAAGAAUCUGCACAGUGCAAGCUCAUAAAAUUUGCUCUCUCCCUCAAUGUGAAGAGAAAUAUGCACCCCUUUGUGUCCCCCCCAUUAGAAAUUGCAUGAACUGGGUUUAAUAAUAAAAGGUAGAUUUUAAGUGGUUAUAAGGGUUAGCAAACAGAACAAAGCAGAUUACUAAGCAAUUAAAACAAAACACACAAACUAAGCUUGAUUCACUAAAGAAACAGGUUACAGAAUGUAAUUUCUCACCCUAAAUGUUGAAUUUAGGCAGUAUGCAGAGUUUCUGUAGCUCCGUUCCAGUUAUUUCUUCUUCUAGACUGGACCCCUGUCUCAGUCUGGACUUACCCCCCACCUUUCCCUUCAGGUUAGUUCCUUUGUCUCUUUAGGUACUUUCAGCAGUCCUUCUUCUUGGGUAGGCAACGGAGGAGAGUCCCAUUUGCCUUCCUCCCCACCCUUAAAUAAGAUUUAUGUAAGGUGGGAAUCUUUUGUUUCCCAAACUUGACCCCCCCCGCCCCCGGCUUUUAGUGGAAAGUUACAAGAAGUCCAAGAUAAUGUUUAGUAUCAGCUGACAAGACCACCUGAUCUAGUAUUGUCACAGCUGUGGCCUUCCAGGAAGGAGAGAGAUUAGUGUCUUCAGUCUUGUUGUUUCUUCCUGAUGGCCUGUUGGCUGGAGGGUGUCUUCCCAAGACACACCCAGUUGUAAUUGUUACAUAGUCCAUGUUCUUAACUUUAGAUACAGAAAUGAUACAUGCAUAGAAAUUGGAUACUCACCUUCAGUAAAUGGUAACCCUUCCAAUGAUACCUUACAUGAGCCAUCUUGCAUAAAACAUAUCUUAGCUGUGUCAUAUCCAUAUUACACUCCAUAUUCUUUAUGAAAAUAUGCUUAUAACGUCACACUCGCCCACUGCCUUCUUCCCCGGGAAGUCUCCUCUGCCACCGUCAGAGCGACAGGAGUCGUCAGCAGAAGGGGCCUGGGCAGGAUCUCUGGUGUGUCUGGUUUCAUGGAGGAGGGCACCUGGCUGAACAUGAAGAAGCAAUAGGAGUGGGUCAGGGCAGGUCCACACUGCAGUCGGAGGCGUGACCGCAGCUCAGAGGGGCACACCCCCUGCUUGCUUUAAUCUAGCUCGCCUGCUAAAAAUAGCGGUGAAAAUGCAGGAGCCCAGACCUCGGCCUGGGCUAGGAACAUGAGUCGUACCCAGGGUUCUGGGUAGGUUUUACGCAGCCCAUCCUGCUGGGUCUUCACGGCUAGUUUUAGCCGCACUAGCUUGAUUAACGCUUGUGUGCAUAUGCCUCUCCAAUCUCCCCUGUAGAUACUGCUGUAUCUUUAAAGGGAUGGCACUCACUUACACCAGCUCUGAAUUUGACCCUAGCGCUGUGUGAAACGAAUCACCCCAACGAUCAGGAGAGUUCAGCUCCCGGGGUCUGAUUUACAAGAUAGGGGCCGCCUGCCGAAUUUGGAUCUAGGUUCUAUCGCUAAAAGAAACCAAGACCAAAAGGAGCUGUAUACCGCCAUACAACUCAGUAGGGGGUCACCCAUUGUACAGUGAGUCUGAUUUCCCCCGUGCUUACACCAGUUUAAACUCUGCUGCAGUCAGGGGAGAAAGGCUGGUCCAGAGGUUCUGGAGCUAGCCUGAGAUUGGGGAGACCUGUGUUCAAUUCCCUGUUCUAUCACAGAUUCCCUUUAUGAUCUGGGGUAAGUGCCUUAGGCCCACUGCUUCAAAGAUAUUUAGGUGCCUAACUCCCAUUGGCUUUCUUCUUUGUACCUCUGGUCCCCAUCUAAAAACAGCUGAAUAGCAUUUCUGGUGCUGGAAGUGUAAAUGCAUUAAAGGCUGUAAGGUCCUCGGAUCUGAUAGUCAUGGGGGCUGGAGAUAGAUUUACACCCGUGAGAGGAGAAUCAGGCCCCCAGUUCUGAAAUCGUGAAUUUGGCAAAAUUCCCACUGAGACCUCACUUCCCCCUUACCUGGCUAAGUCCGGCCUGCUGGUCGCGCUGCAGACACAUCUGUGUCGAAGGGUCUUUUGUAGCCUAUAUCAGGUCAAAUCGCAGCUCUGCGUUAACCUGCCGAGGGAGAAAAACGUCUGCUGCCCAUUUCCUUCUGUGUGAGGAAUUUCAUAGAAAUGUUUCUAAUUUCACUCCCAACGUCCCUUUCCAAAUUCUUCACCAUGACCUUAAUUACCCUCUGGAAGGUGGAGUGAGAAUCAAACUGAGCACUGGCUUUGGAGCUGUUAAAGGACUUAAAACUCGUCUGUCUUUUAGCUACACCCUGACUCAUAUUUAAUAACACACCUCGAGACUGGGCCUGCUCAUGGUAAAAGUCAUGUUUAAUUUUUACCUUCAGGUUGCUUGUUCGAUGCUUUGCUCCGCGGGAGCAGUGACAUGUCUCAUGGCCGGGUUCUCAGGCAUUAGCACUGUGCUGUGGUGGGCCCAGCAUCGCAGGGGCACAGGAUUUGUUAUAGUCCAGUGGGUAAGGCACUAGCCACAGUCAGUUUAGCUAAAUCUAAUCCCCGCUUUCCCUCUGACUCAGUGUGGCCUCACGUCACAUAAACAUGCUGUGCCUCAGUUUCCUCAUCUGCAUAAUGAGACUUCGCCUCCUUUGUAGAGCACUUACAGAUCCUUGGAUAAAAUAUGCUCUGUAAAUAUUAUUAGUGGAUUGAUCACACAAGCCGUCUGUUCAGCCGCCAGCUCGUUCUGUGGCCAUUGGCACGUCACUUAACAUCACCCUGCCUCAGUUUCCACAUCUGUUUUAAAACAAAAAGGGAAAAUCAUCAGUAGCACCAGGGUGUCGUGAAGAUCAACUCGUUAACAUUUCUGAAGUGCUUCAACAAUGGGAAGUGCUAAAUAUCAUACGGCAGGGGGAAGUUUGGGUAAACAAAUCUUUUAAGAGCAAGAACCCACUGUUUUUCUCCUGGGUCCUACUCACCUGUCCUCGCUCGGGUUUUACUCCCAUUAAAACCAGUGGGAAUUUUGCCUGAGUAACAGCUGCAGGAUGUGCCCAUUUGCUUUCCUGAAACUUGUCCCUUCUUAAAAACAAAUCUGAACUGACAUCACCCUGAGCCAGGCAGCCGCUCAGCAGGCAGCGGGAGGAGGAAGGAGCGUCUUACAGAGGGAUCAGCUCAUCCCCAUUCUGUUUGCCACAGCGAGGCAGCAUCCACCGGGGAGGUGGUUGGUAACAGACCAGAUGGGUGCCUCCCAUA